AUGGCAGUCAUUUUUAGUCCAGGUGUUCCUCGGCUGGCGUUGGCGGGCCGAUGGGACUGUCUGACAGCGGGGGACUCGUGUUCGAGCGACGAGACGUGUAGCCCGCGGCUGCGGACGCUGAGGCAGUGCGUGGCGGGUGGAGGCAGCGUGAAGCUGGGGCCGGGCGCUCGGAACCAGUGCGAGAACGCGGUGACCGCUCUGCUCGCCAGUCCGCUGCAUCUCUGCCAGUGCAAACGGGGAAUGAAGAAAGAGAAGAACUGCUUGAGCAUCUACUGGAGUUUAAAGCAAUCUGUGUUGCAUGGACUGAGCCUUGUGGAGAGCUACCCAUACGAACCUGUAGAACGGGGCAACGAUUAUGUCCGGCUGGCAUCCAUUGCUGCAGAGUCCGAAGCCGGCAUGACGACGGUGAACCGUUGCCUGGAUGCAGCGAAGGCGUGUAACGUGGACGAGACGUGCCAGAAGCUGCGAACGGAGUACGUGUCAGCGUGCAUCGCCCCGUCGGCGAGAGCGGGGCCCUGCAAUCGACUGCGCUGCAGCAAGGCCUUGAGGAAGUUCUUUGAUCGCGUUCCACCUGACUACACGCACGAACUCCUCUUCUGUCCCUGCUCAGACACAGCGUGCGCCGAACGCCGACGGCAGACCAUCGUUCCCACCUGCUCCUACGAGGAGAGGGAAAAACCCAAUUGCCUGGCCCAGCUCCGCAUCUGUCAGGCCGACUACAUUUGCAAGUCUCGCUGGGCUCAGUUCCAGCACGACUGCCAGCCCUCCGAGCUCACUGCCAGCGGCUGCCAGCAAGACAACUACGGAGCCUGCCUCAUCGCAUACACGGGCCUUAUAGGCAGCACCAUCACUCCUAACUAUCUGGAUAACUCCACAUCUAACGUGGGGCCAUGGUGUUCCUGUGUGGCCAGUGGGAACCACAGGGAACAGUGCGCUGACUUCCUCAGCCAUUUCCAUGACAACAGAUGCCUGAAGAAUGCCAUCCUGGCCUUCGGAAAUGGCACCGAUCUGAAAUCUGCAGCCAACCAGCCCAGAGUGCCCAGCCUGGCAACCGUCCAUCACAACCAGCGCCUAGCAACCAGCACCAUCAGCACCACGACCACCGCCACCCAGGGAGCUGCCAUGGAAACAGAGCAGAGCAUCCUCAAUGCCCAGAUACCGACACAGGUGAAUGAGCAAGACAGACUGUGGGAUGACUCCACAAUCCCCUCCCCUGGCCUCUAUGACAACAGCGCUGAUCUUCUUCACCUGUCAAUCUUAGCCUGGCUCCUCCCCUUUUUGCUACUCAUGCACCAUCUUUAG